CGCCGAGGGUGGUGGCGGCGGCGGCAGUGGCGGUGAUGGAGGCAAUCACGCGGCUGUUCUCGUGGCUGCAGACGGGAGGCGAGCGCUGGCUGGAGUUUAACUGACCGGUAUCAUUCCCGUUACAGUAUUCAAUAACAAGAUGUAUGGUAAGAAGUUAAUGAGAUAAGUGCACCAGACGACGAACGUGAACAGGGCAGUCAAAGAAAAAAGAAAGCAAAGGACUUAAAUAGAAAAGUGAACACAUUGCAGUGUAAGAAAAAGAAAGUGAAUAAGGUGACUAGAAAAGGGAACACGCACAAACUGUGAAUGUAAAUAGAACGAAAAAAGAAAAAAAGCGACGUGACUUGUGAACGAAAACAAUAACCAAACGUGGACAGUAGAAGAAAAAAAUAAAUAAACAAUAAAAAUCAAAUUACAAGAGGAAGAAAACCAAACAAGUGAGGACAGAAGUGAACCAAGUGCGACAAAAUAAAAGAAGAGGAAGAAUAUGAGGAGGCAGUGAGAGACAGUGAGAGUGUGAGAGAAAGACAGAAAAGAGAGGAAAAGGUGACGGUGGGAGUACGCUUGCGACUCUCACAUACCCUCACCUUUAACCCUCACAAGUGCACACCCUCACAGUCCCACAGUCUCCCACAGCACCAUAACUCAUAACUCCACAAUCCUAGAAACACCCUGUACCUAAAAUCACAUAGUCCUCAGCCCCACCGUUCAUUAACCUGUACUACACCUCAACGGCCUUAAAAGAUCACCACGGACCCCAAACACAAACAUAAUCUACACUCAGUCCCAUAGUCCUGCAACUUUAAAACCAUCAGCCCCACAGGACCACAUAGUCCCAAACACUUACUUUACCUGAACAACCUCACAGUUCCCCAACCUCCCACAAACCAACAGCCCCACACGACCACAAAGUCCCAAACAGUUACUUAACCUCCAGUCACACAGUCCACGACCCCACCGCCCCGCAACCUCCUGUACAUCUGUACGGCCCUACAAGAUCUCAGUUCUUCAAGCCUCCACUUCGUCACUGCCCCACAGUCAUCAUGCCUCUCCGUGACUACGACAGCUAUGUUACCCACCAGCCCAAGUCAAGCAGGUCGUCCUCGUCUUCCAGCAGGACCACGCCGCAGUUCACGUGGCUGGAGUGCGUGUGGAUGACGGUGCUGGGGCUGUCCUACCUGAUGGGCUACGCUAUUCAGAUCAGCAUCAUCGUCGAGCGCUACAGCCUGGAGGAGCCGCCCACCCACCGAUACUUCUACGUAGUCUUCUUCCUCCUCCCGCACCUCACCGCCGGCCUCAAGAACCUACAGUACCACUACCGCGAAUCCAUGGAGGAGGAGGGCGAGGACGGGGCUGUGGGUUGGAUGAUACACCUGCUCCUGCUGCCCUUCAGUCCCCUCAUCAGGUUCUGGCGGGCGCUAAGUUUCGGCAUGAAGGAGAAGGAGAACUGGGAGUAUGGCAUCAGGUUCCUGGACGAGAUGGUGACGAUCGGGGUGCUGCGUCUGUUCGAGGUGUUUCUGGGUGACGGGCCCACGCUGGUGAUGCUGGCCAGGGAUGACGUGUGGGGGCGCUCCGACGACUGGGAUAUGGAGGUGAACGGUCCCAACAUGAGGCCGGGGUGUGGGCCCAUGUGUGAGGUUGAAGACGAGUCGCCCAUUGACUUCUGGACGGUGUUCCGCAUGCUCUUCCUCCUCUCCAAGAUGUCCCAGUGCAUCACCUUCUACCUCGUGGUGGUGAAGCGGCUGCAGCGCCUUCAGCACCCGGAGCAGUACGAACACCUCGGGGGCUCCAACGCCAGACAGGGGCGAGCUAACUUCUUCGCCGUACUGCUCCUCUAUACGGCCCACUUCUUCUUCAUUGGCUCCCGCAUCAUGGGCUGGAGCAUGGUGAACGCGGCGUGGGGGGCGUGGGUGUACAUGAUCGUGGGGGCGCACUGGCUCAUCAACACGGGCUGGCACCUCAUCACCGUGCUCAACAGCAAGGGACUCGCGGCCGCCAGGUCGGUGUCGUCCCUGAUCAUGGGCGCCGUGUGGCUCAUCGCCCUCACUAACGAGCAGGGCGGCCGCCAGCUGGGCCGCUUCGUCCUCUACUACUCGCUAGCCUUCGUGGAGAGCGCCGUCUGCGCGGGCUUGUGGCACGCCGGCAUGGUGGGCUCCGGGGACUUCUUCGCAGCUAAAGCACCGUGGGCCCUGCUGACAGCGUUCAUGUUCGCUGGCAUCGCCCACAUCAUCUACUACGCCAUCUGCCACCCCGGCUCCCCGUCCAUCUCUUCCCGCGGGCUCCUGUGCUGUUCCGGCAACCGAUGGGACCCCGUAGACGAGGAGGAGCGAGCGUAAACACCCGCCUGAGCCUCGUAGCUCAGCGUAACACAUGAAAGAACCCAGUGACGUGUGUGAAGGAAAAACAUAAAAGUCCAUGGAGAUGUAUAUGUGUAGUUGAGUAGCGGUAUAAUAAGUAUGUGCUACAGAUAGGUUACUCCCAAAAAAUGAAAAGCCUCUGUUAACUGCCUAGAGUUGGCACUGGAGGCAAUACUGCGUGUGGUUCGAGGUUAAGGUGGGAUGCAGGCAGCAUACCCACCAGAACCAGAUAAAAUGAUGCUGAAGAGGAACAAACUUUUACUGUCACGCUUCAAAUCCUGUGACAUAAUCCUAUCAGCAGAGGUCGAGCACCCCUGACCCCUGCCUCCUUAUCAAAACACACACACACACACACACACUUGUUGACAUUAAUGAAAAAAAAAUAGACGGUGGUAUUAACAUCGCAAGCGGAUGGGAAAUUUGACAAUCAUCAUCAGCGUAAACAAUUUCACACUAUGACGCCAUCCACAUCAGCGUCAGUGAGUUUUCCGUGACAUACAAAUGCUGUCCCAUAUUUCACUUUUUUUUUUUUUUUUUUUUGGGGGGGGGGAUUUUGUUGGGGAUAUACCCCAAGGGAGGAAGGCGGUGCAUGCCACGCAACCACCCAGACGGAGGGUAGAGAGAUGCCCAAUUCUUUCAAAUGGAGACAGCCCAACCUUUCCACUCCCAAUGGCACCGGGUAGGACUCGAACCUAUACGCUCCAGCACCCCGCCGGAGCGCAAGGCGGAGACUCCACCACUGGACCACGGGAGCCCCCCCCAUUUCACAUUUCCUUUGCAUGAGAACAGAAUGUGUAAAAAAUUUUAAAAAAUCAAUCAUAAAUAGGUUUAUUAUGAUUGAUAUUGCAUCAUUGGUUAAUCUAGCUAACUACUGCUUCUAAUAAACUGUUACCCUUAUCCAUAGAGGAAAAACAGCUCACCCUCUUCACCACACCACCCCGUUCAGGGUUUUCAGACCUGAAUAAAGGUUGUUUUCACAAAAAGAUAUGUGAAAAUUAAACUUGUAAAUAUCGAGAUUUUAAAAAUUGACACUUGACACUCAGCUAGGGUGAAAUUCUGACGGCACUGCCUGCCAUAAAACUUGCAACAUCAGUGUUGACAUUAAUAAGUUGAUGGCUUUAGUAGACAAAAAUCAGCUUACAAUAGUCUGCUCAAAGGAAUACGUAGCUACACAUGUGCUUACACACAUACACACACACACACCACACACACGAUGUAUGUACCAUUACUUUUUGUAGCUUUAUGUCAGUGAUUAGUGUUGUUAUUAGAGCUUAGUUAAUAUUAAUAUGUUCAGUAUGAGAGCAUUGGCAGGAAUAUAUGGGUAACAUUUAUCCUUCCUAUACAUAGUGAAUGGUUUUGUUAACUUGUUUCUGGCUUAUAAAUAUGCAUUUUAAUACGUUG